AUGCGAGAAUCGAAUGAGCGCAAGCGCAAGGCGCGCGCCGACGAGAAGGCCACCGAGACGCACGAAGAGAAAGCAGCUCGGCUGGAAAAGCAGCGCCUUAGCAAAACCACUGCGCGCGCCGUCGAGAAGGCCACCGAGACGCACGGAGAAAAGGUCGUGCGGCUAGAAGAUCGCAGCGUCGCAAAACUUAACCAAACAGUCUAUGCGUACCUUGAUGCAUUCUGCGACAUUGUGUGCCCAGACGACACCAUCGACAACGACGAGGUUUGCGAUGGGCCGGAUGUCGCCGACGACGACGACGAAAUCAUCAACGCGCUUGAGGCUGUCGCUGGGCUAGUGACCGAGCGCGCGUCUGAUGACGACCAAUACGGGCACGUCAAUACAAGCGACGAUCAAGUCGAUGUCCUCCGGUCGCCGCACAUUGGUAGCACGGACGUUGAUAACCAAGCUCCAGGCAGCACUAGCGACCCGUUGGUGGCUGUCGUCACGAGCGGCGACGAUCCGAUUUGCGAGUGA